UUCAAGUGUUCGGUAAGAACGAGCCGGAUUUCGAAGGGCUAAGCCACCUGAAAACCAUAUCGAUGAUCCUCCACGAAGUUCUGAGACUGUACUCACCAGCUUACUUCACAUGUCGGAUAACCGAACAAGAACUGAAGCUGGAGAGGUUCAGCCUGCCUGCAGGAGUCGUGGUCACGAUACCGAUGCUUCUGGUUCAUCACGAUCCCGAUCUCUGGGGUAACGACGUGAAAGAAUUCAAGCCCGAGAGGUUUGCCAACGGAGUGGCAAGUGCAACAAAGGGAAGACUUUCCUUCUUACCGUUCAGUUCGGGACCUCGAACAUGUAUCGGACAGAACUUCUCGAUGCUGGAAGCGAAGCUAUUCGUGGCCGAGGUUCUUCAAAGGUUCAGGCUUGAGCUCUCUCCUUCAUAUACUCACGCUCCUCUCCCAGCUGCGACAACGUUUCCGCAACAUGGAGCUCAUAUCAUCAUCCGCAAGAUCUAAGAAGAAGAACGAUAUAUAUAAGCACCUGACUUGUGUGUAUGUGUACAUAUAUAUAUAUAUAGCUCCUAAGCUCUUACCAAGGUGAAACAUGGAGAUCCAUACCUACAAAUAAGAAGUUUUUCACCUUGUUUCGCA